AUAAUUAUAAUGUACGUUCUACGUCAUCGGUAAUUCCUGAAAAGGGAGGAGCUUCACCCGGCAAAGUUUUUAAUUCCGCAUUAACUUUUUUUUUUCAGCGUUAGUUUCCUACGGCGACAACAUGCGCUUCAUGUGUCUUUGUGUAUCUCGAAAUGAGAAACUUGAGGUCCAAAUGUGAUGGCCACACCUACGACGUGGUGGCUGCUGUCCGUCUUGCUGGUCACCUUCCCGUACUGUUGUUGUUCUAGCCCAGGUCUUCCUACUCCUCCCUCUAACCUUGAGUGCUGCAGACCGUGCGAUCAGACGGACUGUUCAGUUAUUAAAUGCAUUUGGGAUCCAAAAACCCACCCUGAUAGCCGCACUAUCUACACCCUUCACUGGAAGUCAGAAAAUGAAGAGGAAGAGCCUGUGACCUAUGGGAAUAGCUCAGACGGGUAUAUCCAUCGGGAAAACUUCGAGAGCCAUGGAGAACUCCGGGUUUGGGUCCAGGCUCAGAAUCAGAACGGUUCUGUCAAAUCUCAGGAAAUUGUUAUCCACACCCAACACAUCAUCAAGCCACCCCCACCUACAAUUACAUCAAGUGAUGAAGAUCUGUUAGAGGUUUACUGGAGCACCAUCUGUGGCAAGCUAGAGCUUAAUGUUGGAGUCUGUGACGUUAGAUAUCGUACUGAGGAUGACCAAAACUGGAUUUGGACUGACUAUAACUUAAGUAGCAGCUACGGAAUCAUAGAACCCCAGCCCAGCACAGUUUACAUAUUUCAGGUCCGUUGUAAAUGUGACCAUAGCCUGAUCAGUGACUGGAGUCCAAACUUUCUAAGAAAAAGUGCUGAGUCUUCCCCGGUUGGAGAGGUUGAUGCAUGGUGGGACUGUGGGCUGCUUCUGUCAAACUCUGACUGUUUUCUGAACUGGAAGAAUCUUUCUAUUUCUCAGGCCCGAGGUUACAUUCUUCGAUAUGAAAUCACAGUUUUCUACAUUAAUGGCACUAAACAGCUAAUAAAUGUGUCCACGGACAACCCAAGCAGCCUCUUUGUGUAUGAUGAAAGGAAGUGGCGCCUCAUCUCAUCUCUGAAGGAUGUGUCAUCUGUUAGUGUAUCAGCCUACAAUGCUCUCGGUGCUACAAAAGCUUCUUGUCUGCCUAGGCAGAGACCAGGAAAACAAGCAACUGAACCAAAAAUUUACCUCGAGAUGAACGAAAAGAACCUCACUGUGUCCUGGAACCUGUCCUCCGAGGUUUCCGACAGCAUCAAACAGUAUGUGGUGCAAUACAAAGAGUGUCUACCUGGAAGCGGAUUUGACUGGAUCAAAGUGGACAGUAAACAGACCACUGUCGUUUUUAAAGGUACAUUUAAAAAGUACACAUCAUACCAAGUAUCAUUGUUUGCAGUGUCAAACUUGAAUGAAAUUAGUCAGCUUGCAACAGCUACAGGAUAUUCAGCUCAGGGAGUUCCCUCUAAAGUGCCUUCAUUCAAGGUGUUUGAUAUUGUUGGAACUGCUGUGACUCUGGAUUGGGAGCCAGUUCCCUGUUCCAACCAGAGGGGGGUGAUCUUGUACUAUGAAAUAGGACUGAACACGCAAGGAGAUCCAAAACACAUUUCUACUCUAGUGCGCAACAUAAAUGUCACCUCAGGUUCAACUUGCAAGCUGGAGGCUCUUAGUCCAGGUCAGAAAUACGUGGCUUGGAUAAGGGCUGUGAGCGCUGCUGGGCCCAGUGAAAAGGUCAACACAACAUUCACAAUCAAUCAUCAUGAAGAUUAUGCAUUUGUGACUCCCAUUGUGGUGAUUGUGCUGCUGGUCAUCACGACAGCUCUCACCAGUUUCAUACUAUGUGUUUUUCAAGGAGCCAAAAAAGAGUGCCCACUUCUACCUCAUUGUCUGUAUGAGAAAGUGCCAGAUCCCAGCAACAGCCAAAUCUUCAAACAGAUGAAGCGCCAGAUUAACGAGCCCUUGACUUGGAUGCGCGGUCCCCUCUACGAACCUUAUCCAACGAUCUCUGUUUUGGAAGUUGUGGAAAUAAAAUCCAAGGUAUUUGACCCUGACAUGAUGAAAAAGGAGAAUGCCUGUCACCUGAUGGACUGCCAGGAUGAUCAACAGGAGGAUCCCACCAGAGAAAACAGUGGCAGUACAGACAGCAGAUAUGGGAGGAAGGAGUACAGUAAAAUGGUCGACUCUGAUGAAGAGAGGAAUGAUUGUUGGAGCUCAUCAGAGGAAGAACAGUCUACCUCAGGUUAUGAAAAGCACUUCAUGCCCUCUCCUUUGGAAGUAAUGGUGGAGUAACAGCAUGCUUCCUCUGGAUCAUGAAUGUUAGUUUUUAGUCUUUGUCCGUUUUACAAUUUUCUGUGUUGUUUAUAAUAAGACUUUGUCUAAUAAGCUUUGUCAGUGUAAUUGCAGGAAAGACUCAUGACAAACAGCACCAGCAUUUUGUGACUCUCAAGUUGUAUUUUCUAUGUUUAUAAAUCUGAUCAAAUUUUGUUGAAUAAAUUUCUGUUUUCAUUUUUGUUA